UCAGUCGGGCGCCGAUCGCCGUACGGUGCGGACGAGUCACGCUGCGUCGUUCGGCAGACCGCGCGUGGUGUGCUCGCCGAGUGAUACACCCGGGUGUUGAGUGAUGGCUCGUACCGGGAGGGGCCUGAUGGUGUUACUCGCCGUUUUGCUGCUGGCUGGCACGCUGGUGGCGACGGCGAAGGUGACGAUCGACAAGAGCCGGGUGUAUGUGGAUAAGUGCCGGAAACACUGCAUUGCCGAGCUGACGCCGGACGCCGGUGGGAGCGGCUGCCUGAGGACCGAGCAGUGUCUCCGGUGCUGGGCGGCCUGCCAAGCGUUCCAGAGCGAUCACUUCAUCAGAGAUUAUUGCAAACGGAACAAGGCCUGCACGGCGGGGUGUCAACAGGCCUGUCUGUUUUACCUGGGUCACCGCGACCAGCUGCCGACCGGGUCAGGUCAAACGUCACCUGAGACUGAGGCAGAGUCAGGUCAACCGGUCAUCGAACCGCUGACCAUGUCAGAUCAGACGGUAUCCGGAUCCAAGUCUCGCGAGGGCGAUACGGUCUGGCGGCCGCGUCUCGCCGGCCUGACCUCCACCGCCUCUCUGGUGUCGGCCUCAGUCACCUGGCCGGCCCGCGCCGCCGCCGGCCAAUACCUGGUCACCUGGGAGCUCCUCUCGGGCGGCCUGAGGGGUCACCUGGUGUCUGAGGAGACGGCGGCGUCCCUGCCGCUCUGGCCCGACCAACAGUACCUUGUCCAGGUUUUCUGCGACGGCGGAGCCAGCCAGCCUCUGCGAAUAGAUACGAAUCAGAGUAAGACUAUCCAACCAGAUAAUUACAAAACACCUGCAGAACUCUCCAUCGACGAUGAAGUCUCUAUCGACGAUGGUCGAGCACUUCCGACAGAGAAACCCGUCGAAAUACCUUCAAAAUCUAGUGCGAAAGCAUAUUCAGAAAUGGAGAUCCCGGCUUUCGCUCGCGUAGCACCUCUCAUGGAUAGAAGCCACAAGACGCCCGCACAGUUGGUGCCUUCAGCUGCUUCUGUGGAGGUGACCCGCCACGAUGGAGACUCUGCCGGCAGACAAGUGAUAGUUCCUGACCGAACACCUACGCCGCUAGCGUCUGCGUCGCUGCUUCUCGUCUCCAUGACACAGAGUUCAGAGAAUAUCUCCUCCGUUAGAUCAGCCGACAACUCGGCGAAGUCGAAGGGACCUAGCCCAGCAAUCAGCCGGCUACCCGCUCUGCUGGCAGCGCUAGCCGUGCUGGUGCUAGUGCUGGGCGCUGGUGUAGUGCUGACAGUCAGAGCUAGACUCCGGUCUCAGCAGCGGGACCAGCGGGACCAGCGGUGGACCAGCGCGGACCGGGACCGUCGCACGCUGCUGGACCAGCAGCCCGGCGAGUGGCGGUCCCUAGCCCUACCGCUGCCUCGGGUGUCCGUCAACCCACGCCGGACGCCGAUCUUCAUCGUGCCCUGCCACAAACGGUGAUUAUUUAAUGUCGUGGAAUGACGUCACUACUGGGGUGUUAUGUAUGCGUGCGUGUGUCGACGGUUCGUCGAUUGUCGGGCGGCAUUCCGUCCGAAGAGGCUGUGAUAUGGUGUAGUGUUGAUGCGGUCGGUGUUUUUUGUUCACUGUGAUACGUUGUUAUGAUAAUCGGUUGAUCCAUUCGUGUGGUUUGUGGUUUCAGAAGAGCCAUGAGUGUGUGGCUAACCAUGAUCCCUUUUUGCGUGCUUUGAACGGUAAAGAUAAAAGACAGUUUACACGCGUAAGAUGUCCAAUCAUCGUCACUCAUCUGGCAACCCUCGAUGUUUUUUUUUUUUUGUAAAUACGUGAUGUCUGUGAGCUCAUCUCAUAUCGAUGUCUGAACUUCUGAACUGUAUAUUUUAUAUAAAUAAAGUUACAAAUGGA